AUGACCGAAGCAGUACCAAGAAAAGGCUCGCUCGGCUUCUUCAACCCUUUCAAGUCAAGAUCUAGUAGUCGAUCGAGCUCAAGGGAUGCUUCAAUCUCCGACCUGAGAUUCAACGAUGUCAAGUUUGACCACAAAUCGGCAAGCUCAACCACCCGUCUCAGAAAGACCGCAAGUCCUGCCGAUUCGGCCAGAAGUUCCAGGGCGGGGUCCAAGAAGAACAGUCUCGAACAGUCUCGAUCACGGCGACAAGCUUCUUUCCCGGCCAUCAGUGUUGCCGACGAGUGGGAAAGAGAUGCUCAGACUGGCGAGCGAAAGGACCAUACGGAAAUGCUGCAUAGCUUAGCACAUCGUGACUCAGAAGAAUCUCUUGCUGAAAAGGUACAACUCCUGUUUGCUGGAAUCCCAUCCCAACCCGCAACGGAUUUCCUGGCCAAACUCCCAGACGCCAUCUGGAAGAGAGUCGUAGAGCUCUUGGAUCCAGCGGAUAGAGCAAGCCUUGCCCUUUCCUGCAAGCCAUUCCGAAACUUGAUUGGGGUCGAAGCAUGGACAACCUUGAAUGCGCCGGAAAAUCGUGACGCCAAAGCCAAGUUUCUUGAAUGUCUGGAUCAACAGCUACCGGAACACUUACUGUGCUUCCAAUGUGUGAUAUACCACGUCCGAACUCAGAAAGGACAAGAGGUUCUGCGACCCACCAACAUCUCAAAUCCGAUAUUCAACUGUCCCAAUGCCUACAAUGCCGAGAACAAGGUGUCGCGGCAGAGAAUCACCGUUGGUCGCUCAUUACCCUUCCCAUUCGUCCAACUCCUUCUGCGAGCACAAAAAUACUCAAAGGAGCACGGUAUUCACAUCGACUCAAUGUCACGACGAUACAAGGAUCGGGACGGAGAGUGGUCACACCAGACUCGUUACACCAUAGUCAACGGCCACCUGCUUGUCAGGGUGAUCAGCUCGGCAUUUGCCACGCCUGCUCUCCCUCCGGCAGGGCUGCGGAGGCUUCUUUACUCCCACGGCGACAAUUUUCAUCCAUACUUUUCGGUAUGCGCGCAUUGGAGGGAUGGCAAUCUCAUGUCUGCUGUCAAAUGUGCUUUGAGCCACAUACCCAAACCCCCGGAUGGAGGUGGCAUCGCAGGUGCUGCAGCAAAGGUGCAAUAUCAUAUGCACCGACCCAGUCCGCUUAUCACCCUGUGUUCUGAGUGUCGUCCCAUGCGACGGUGUCCCGAAUGCCCCACAGAAUAUCUCAUCGAAUUGAGGAUGCAAGAGGACAAAAGCGAUCCGUUGAAACUAUUCAAACAUGCCAUUGUCGUAACUAGAUGGAGCGAUCUUGGGGAUGGAUCUUCGCCCAAAAGCCUGGAAUGGGCAGCUUGCAACGGGGAAGUAGAAUUCGACUCAUUUGCGGCACUCGGAAAACGUGCGAUCUCGGGAGUAUUUGAAUCACAGUUCACAGUGGAUCAGAUACCCGGUCAGAAGAUCGUUUCGAUGAAUCCAAACAAGGAAAAGCGCGGAGAGGCUGGGCAUAACUGGUACUAA